GAUUAGUUCGGUCGCGUUUUUCGUCAGCUGGCUCUGGCUGUAAGGUUUCAAUUUACGCGCGUGCUCAGCGGUUCAUCGCGUUGCUUGCCCGUGAAUGUGUUACAAUUACCCGUGCGUCUUCUCACUAGUUUCUGUUUUGGUAGAAUGUUCCGUUUCGUGUUAUUUUCAGAGGUGGCCUUUUCCGGUUGUGUACGUUUGAACUGCAUAAGCAAUUGAAUUUUUAGCACACUAUUUGCGGUUGCUUCUACGUGGUUACUGGUUAGGUGUUUAUAAAAAACCGCGUUUUGAGCCGAAUCAUCAACGUUAAGUCACCGUUCUUAACAGAGUUUAAAGUUCACUAGAAGAAAAUGUAAAUUGUUCGAAGAGUACAUCUGAUGUUCUUGAAUGACUCAGCACUAUAAAUAUUUUUGAAUAGUACAACAAUUGUGGAAGUUUCAGUUCGUGCUUAUAUUGGGAAAAAAACAAUUAAGAAACUGUGUGCUACCUGGCGCUGAUCCAGCACUAACGAUAACUAGUUCUCGGAAGAGAUAGUACACAUUCAAGGAACUGCGCUGGGGUCUGCUGUGAUCAUGUCAUCCCGUUAGGUUUCAGAUUUCAGAGAAUAACAACAAUUUGCUGAAUAAUUUGUAAUGCUGUUUGCUUGAAUUGUAUUUGGAUGAUAAAAACUCUUCAACUUCACAAAAUAUUACGUCAUGCCAGAGAGCAGCACCAGCAGUUGACAAAGAGAAAGGUGAAUCCAUUGCGAGAAGCGAGACAACCAUCGAAAGUUGAACUAAAUGUCUGAUACAAAAUCAUUCCGAGACGAGAGUACCAAACCGUUGCAGAGAAAGGUUUAUUGACGUCGGUCCAAGGCACCGCAACACAUUGCCCUUUCAUACCGGUUGAAGGUGCAGUAAAGCAGAGCUUGUCAAAGUAAAAAGUACUUCAAGGCUGCACUUGCUGGUUUUUCUACUACACGCUGUGCAUUCUCGGUGCCAAGAAUGGCGAAAGACGUGGAGUUCCAAGAGAUAGUGUAUACGGUCAAUGUCCGGAGGAGUUUCAUUAGCGAAAGCCGAAAACGAACUAUUGUGAAGGGAGUGAGUGGCGUUUUUCGGCAUGGACAAUUAUCAGCUAUAAUGGGUCCUUCGGGUGCUGGCAAAAGCAGUCUACUGAACGCCAUUUCCGGCUACCGUAAAUCUGGCGUCGAGGGUGCCGUACAUUUAAACAGAAAAGCAUCCUGCUAUAUUACGCAAGAGGAUCACCAUCAGCCACUAUUGACUGUAGAGGAACUAAUGCACAUUGCCUGCCAGCUGAAAAUCAAGGGAAAAUCUAACUACGAUGAAAUAAUAACUCAAGUAUUGUCCGACCUUAAUCUAAACCAUCGGCGAAACAUAACUGCAGACAAAUUGAGUGGAGGAGAGCGAAAACGACUGUCUAUAGCACUAGAAAUGGUCGCCAAUCCAUCGAUUUUUUUCCUGGAUGAGCCUACUAGUGGCCUGGAUGAGGUCACCGCUGCUACUUGCGUUCGAUUGUUCCGAGAUCUUGCCAAGCAGGGACGGACCGUAGUAUGUACGAUCCAUCAGCCGUCGGCUAGUAUCUUUGCCCUAUUCGAUCACAUUUACGUAAUCGCCCGAGGGCAAUGUGUGUUCCAGGGUAGUCCAAAAGCUGUCGUUCCGUUCCUGUCCCACAUGCACAUUGAAUGCCCACGUCACUACAAUCCAGCUGAUUUCAUUAUCGAGGUUUGUGAUAGUGAGUCCUCGGAAAUCAUUCCAGCUUUAAGUGAGGCGAUGCAGAAUGGCAAAGCUAUAUGCACCAGGUCCAAUACUGUCAUGGCUGCAGCCGGCACCACCGGCUCAACACUGGUUGUAAACGAGGAGCCUAGUUCCCUGGAGCCUGUUAGCGAUUUUGUGAUAAAACCCACUGUCACCUCAAUGAUUCUCGAGCAACAACGGCCAAAAGUAUCAACUAUAGUGCAGAAAAUGAAACAAAUCACACGGUUUUUCCACAGCCCGCACGCUGUGUCGGGUUUCGUUCAGUUUUGGGUACUGUUCCGACUGAUGUGGACUAAAAUAAUGCGAAACAGAACGGUGCUUUGGAUACAGUUUUUACAUCACGUGAUUUGUGCGGCUUUCAUAGGACUGAUAUUUCUGAAUGCGGCCAACGAUGGAGCACGAAUGUUUGACCACCUCAAGUUUUGUCUAGGAGUAUGCUUUUUCUUUUGCUAUACGCAGGUUAUGGUUCCAAUAUUAAGUUAUCCUCGCGAAGUCAAACUAGUGAAAAAGGAAUGCUUCAACCGCUGGUAUGGCUUGUUUCCUUAUUACUUAGCAUUAACGCUAUCCCGACUGCCUGUACAGAUUUUUCUGAAUAUAAUCUUCACGAUGGUAGUAUACUGGCUGGCUGGUCUACCAGCUGAGUUGUUCCGUUACGUACUAUUCACGAUCGUCGGAAUGAUAGUUUCACUUUGCGCCGAAGGAUUCGGUUUAAUGAUCGGAGCCACCUUCAAUGUGAUGAAUGGAUCCGCUAUUGGGCCACUUACGAUAGCCCCGUUCCUUGGGUUGGCGAUCUAUGGAUUUGACUUUGCUCCACAAAUUCCGGCAUUAAUGCAGUGGUUAAUGCGAGCAUCGUUCAUCCGCGGCGGCGUUGUCUCAGUUGUGCUGGUCGUGUUCGGUUACAAUCGCCAGCGUUUGGAUUGCAAUGAUAUGUACUGCCACUUCGAUGAUCCAAAAGUAUUGUUGCAUUACGUACGGAUAGAUAACACAACAUUACUGUUCGAGUUGAGCAUUCUGACCGCAAUGACACUCUUCUACCGAUUGUUGUGCUAUCUCAGCCUACGAAGACGAUUUUACAAAUGAGGACAAAAAUAGGAGUGAACACAACGAAUAGACAGAAAAAUGUGAUCAAUUAAUUUUAGGUUUACAGAAAAUAGUUAUGGAAAUUUUUGGAACAUUUUUACUCGGGUUAUGAUUAAGAAAACUGAACUCUAGCAAUAGCAUUAGUUUAACAUUCCAGGGGCAAAAUGAAUGCAUGAAGAUUUCCAACUGUCUCUUUUAUUAAGAGGAAGUAACCUUCCAGGAUCCUAUCAAACCAAAUAUAUGAAAAAUUAAAAACCAAUAUAUUCAGAGUAGUUUUUGUACUUAAAAGAGAAGGAUAUUUCUUUAUUUGACACUAAUAAAAACUAUU